AGGAUAGGGACUUGCCGCUAGCCUGGUUGUUGGAAGUGACCUCGCAGCAUCGCCACUGCUGAUUGGCUGCGUCUGGAAGGCGCUGCUGAAUUAACCAAGGUGCUGUGGUGGAAGUGGAUGAGAGUUUAGAACAGGGAGAAACUGACAAGGCCACCGGGAUGUCAGAGAACAGGCGGCAGUUCUGGAAGAGAAGUUCCAAACUACCGGGCAGUAUCCAACCUGUAUACGGGGCCCAGCAGCCACCACUAGAGAGGAGUUUCUCAUCCAAUCACCCUCGAUUACACUUAUAUCAUCCGAAAAGUAGAAAGGCCUCAAGUUUUCAUGAAUUCGCCAGAAGUACAAGUGAUGCAUGGGAUAUUGACGAUGACGAGAGUGAAGAGAUUUUACAUUCUGUAUCCUAUCAGACCCUCGGCUCAAAAAUGGCUGAUACGGAGGUAGAAAUUACAUCUAGCUUCAAGAGGCCUGAAGACAAUUCCAGCCAGACAAUUGUGACAUCUGUUAGCGAAGAUCAGCUACACAGGGUUACUACAGAUACCUCUGUGCUGAGGAAGCCCCUACAAAAACUUCAAUCCCAUCCCUUCCGCCCUAUUAUUCCACUUGUUGCCAGAAUAUCUGAUCAGAAUGCUUCUGGAGCACCUUCUAUGAAUAUCCGGGAAAAAACACGUCUUGAAAAAUUCAGACAGCUGCUUUCGUGUGCAAACACUGACCUCGAUGAACUAAGAAAAUGUAGCUGGCCUGGAAUUCCACGAGAUGUCCGACCUAUCACAUGGAGGCUUCUAUCGGGUUAUCUUCCUGCCAAUAAAGAUAGACGGCAGAUGAUACUCCAGAGAAAACGUGUAGAAUAUUUUGGUUUUAUUGAACAGUAUUAUGAUUCUCGAAAUGAAGAGCAUCAUCAGGAUACUUAUCGACAGAUUCAUAUUGACAUACCAAGGACUAAUCCUUUAAUACCAUUGUUUCAGCAACCAUUAGUUCAAGAAAUCUUUGAGAGAAUAUUGUUUAUCUGGGCCAUCCGGCACCCUGCAAGUGGAUACGUCCAGGGAAUCAAUGAUCUGGUCACUCCAUUCUUUGUGGUGUUUUUGACGGAGCAUGUUGAAGAUGAUGUUGAAAACUUUGAUGUAGGUACACUGCCACCAGAAACCCUGAAGAACAUUGAAGCAGAUAGCUUCUGGUCAAUGAGUAAACUACUGGAUGGCAUUCAGGAUAACUACACAUUUGCUCAACCUGGAAUUCAGAAAAACGUGAAGGCCCUUGAGGAACUUGUGAGCCGAAUUGAUGGCCAGGUACAUUGUCAUCUUCAAAAAUAUGAAGUUGAAUAUCUGCAGUUUGCCUUUCGAUGGAUGAAUAAUCUGCUAAUGAGGGAGCUUCCAUUAAGAUGUACUAUACGAUUGUGGGAUACUUACCAGGCAGAACCAGAAGGCUUUUCCCAUUUCCACCUUUAUGUUUGUGCAGCAUUUCUUAUUAAAUGGCGCAAAGAAAUUCUGGAUGAAGAAGAUUUUCAGGGAUUACUUAUGCUGCUCCAAAACCUGCCUACAAUCCACUGGGGCAAUGAGGAAGUCGGCCUACUCUUGGCAGAAGCAUACAGACUUAAGUACAUGUUUGCAGAUGCUCCCAACCACUAUCGUCGAUAAAACUUCCUCUGCUCCAUGACUUAACACUCCAGAAAUCCUGGUACCAGGAAGAGGCGUGAAUAUUUUGCACCGGUGCCUCCUGCAUAACUUCACUCACUCACUGGGACUUUUUUUAAGCAUUUGUGUGAGAGUGCGUCCAAUGUCUGUUUAUUUAAAGACUAAUGACUGAACCUGUGAUCAACCCUGUACAGAUUAUUUGUAUAUUAGCAGACUUUCAUAUGUAUAUGGAUAGAACUGUAUAUAAUUUAAAUUUAUUUGUAAAAUGUGAUUGUCUUUAUCUCAUUCAAGCGUUAUAUGCUUUGUCUUUGUUGAAAAUUGUGGCUACUGUGUAAAAUGUGCAAAAUUUUAAGAUUAUUAACUAAAUAAUAGUUGAAAGACACUCCCACAAAAAGUAAAAGUUUUGGAACUUUGAAUGUUAUGUCAAAACACCACCACACACCAGAACAGGGACUCCUCCAUUUCUCUGACAUAUCCCCUAGGUGCAGCUCCUAUAGUCCCUAGAAUGUGCACAAGUAUUGUAUGAGCAUCACUCAGGGACAGCCAGUAAGAAAUAGAGGUAAAUAUGAAUAUUUUGCUAUUCUUCACUGGAACACAGAUAUUGCGCAUGGUACUAACCAAGAAGCUUAACCUUUGAUUUCAGAAAGAUGGCAGAACACCUUAGAACUUUUUUUUUUGUAAAGAUAAAGUUAGGCUAUGGUUUCUAUGUACUAUUAAAGACUUAUACUUGUACUGUGAUUUCUGUGAGGUGUUGCAGUUAUAGAUUUGCUACUACAAGGUGGACUAUGAAGUGCCAGUUUUGCCGUGGCCUACUCCAUUUGUGCUUGUUUAUACUCAUGUUCAUAAGGAAUCGCAUAUGAAAGUCACUGGAAGAAAAAGUGAAGACGUUUCUUCAUCAUAUAAUGCAAGCAGUGGAGAAAUUCUGCUCAGUAAAGUGCAAUUAUGGAAUAUCGUUGGAUUAGGUUUUCCUAUCGGACUGGAAUGCAUGCCUUUGUUCAUUGACCAUCUAACUGUGACAAUGAAUAAAGUUCACACAUCCCUACAUUUUGAAUACAUUUCUCUGCAUUGUGGCACUAUAAUAAUAAUAAAUGGAGAGAAUAUUUAUAACAGGUAAAAGCUCAAAAACCUUUAAUUUAGUAAAAAGGUUAUAACCACUCAAAGUUUACACAUACAGCGGAUUUGUGUAAUGACAAUAAAAGAUUGCUUAUUUCUACAAUAUU